AUGUCUUUUUUUCCUAACACCACUUCUUCUUACCUAAUAUUUUUUCUGACGGGUGUCCCAGGACUCGAAGUUGCUCAUGCCUGGAUCUCCAUCCCUUUCUGCUGUCUCUACAUAACUGCCCUCUCUGGGAAUAGUAUGAUCCUAUUUGUCAUCAUCACUGAAUCAAGUCUCCAUGAACCUAUGUACUAUUUCCUCUCUAUGCUUUCAACCACUGACCUGGGCUUGUGUAUUUCUACACUAGUGACUAUGCUGGGCAUAUUCUGGUUCAAUGCAAGACAGAUCAGUUUCCAUGCUUGUGUUGUCCAGACAUUCUUCAUUCAACUCUUCACUGUCAUGGAGUCCUCGGUGCUCUUGGCGAUGGCCUUCGACCGCUUCAUUGCCAUUUGUAACCCACUGAGAUAUGCUACGAUCCUAACUGAUUCUAGAAUUGUCAAAGUGUGGUUUGCCAUCCUUUUCAGGGGAACAGUGGUCCUUAUGCCCCUGGUUCUGCUCCUUCAACGUCUAUCCUUCUGCCAAAGCCAUGUGCUCCACCAUUCCUACUGUUUCCAUCCGGAUAUUAUCCAGCUGUCAUGUUCUGACAAUAAGAUCAACAGCGUGUUAGGACUUACUGCCCUCAUAGUUACUGCAGGAGUGGACUCCAUCUUUAUUCUUCUCUCUUAUAUCCUGAUUAUUAAGACUGUCCUCAGCAUUGCUUCCCCAGAGGAACGGCACAAGGCCUUUAGCACUUGUAUCUCCCACAUAGGUGCCGUUGCUAUUUUCUACAUCCCUCUCAUUAGCCUGUGCUUUGUUCAUAGAUUUGGAAAAAGAGCACCUCCUUAUGUACACACUCUUAGGGCCAAUGUGUAUUUGCUUAUCCCACCAGUGAUGAAUCCCAUUAUUUAUAGUGUAAAAACCAAGCAGAUUCGUAUGGCCAUUAAAAAAGUUCUCUUUCCCAAGAGAGCUGAGAUCUGA